AUGGAUGAUGGAUUCAAUGCAACAUUUUUAACCCUUGAUGGCUAUGUAGAAUUGCACAAAUACAGGUAUCUUUAUUUUGUGUCGAUGUGUGCAGUUUAUAUUCUAAUAAUUUGCAGUAAUUCAACCAUCAUAUUCCUCAUCUGGAUUCACCAAAACCUCCAUGAGCCUAUGUACAUUUUCAUUGCUGCUUUAUUACUGAACUCUGUUCUUUACAGCACUAAUAUCUACCCAAAGCUUUUCAUUGACUUUUUAUCUGAUCAACAGAUUGUAUCUUACUCAGCCUGUCUCUUUCAGUGCUUUCUAUAUUACUCUUUAAAUGGUGCAGAGUUUUUACUGUUGGCAGCCAUGGCCUAUGACAGGUACGUGUCAAUAUGUAAACCUCUGCAAUAUCCAACUAUCAUGAGAAAAACCACUGUGAGUAUUUUUCUGGGUUUAGCUUGGCUUGUUCCUGCUUGUCAUAUCACACUGCCAAUUGCACUGAGUGCUAAUACCAAACUCUGUAACUUUACUCUGAAAGGAAUCUUUUGUAACAAUUCAAUUUACAAACUUCACUGUGUGAGUUCAAGAGCACUAUCUGUGUACGGUGUGAUUGUUUUGUUAAAUGUUACAAUAUUCCCUGUUAUUUUCAUAUGUUUUACAUACACAAAGAUAUUCAUAAUAACCUACCAAAGUUGUGGUGAAGUCAGGAAAAAAGCUGCACAGACCUGUUUACCUCACCUGCUGGUUUUGAUAAACUUCUCCUUUUUAGUUACGUAUGAUGUCACGGUGGUUAAACUGGAAUCGGAUUUUCCAAAAACUGUCCAUUUAAUAAUGACGUUACAAGUGAUUCUGUAUCAUCCACUAUUUAAUCCAAUCAUAUAUGGACUAAAAAUGAAAGAAAUCUCUAUACACAUCAAGAGGUUGUUCUGUCAAGACAAACUGAAUUAA